CUACUCAAGAUGGUGCACCCGACAGACUACUCUCUCAUAGUCAUACCACUGAUACCACAAUAAGGACAACUUGAGAGAAACAACAUGGAAGGUGAAGGAAUAAAGAACUCAUCUAUAAAUGGCAAUGCGACCGACAUCCACCUUGCCACACACAGUCUAUGGGAGGUCAUAACCAUAGCAACUGUGUCGGCCAUCGUGAGCCUGAUUACGAUAGUGGGCAACAUCCUAGUGAUGCUGUCAUUUAAGGUAAACAGCCAGCUGAAGACAGUCAACAACUACUACCUACUGAGUUUGGCUGUAGCUGACCUCAUUAUAGGUGUGUUCUCUAUGAACCUCUACACCUCCUACAUACUGAUGGGAUACUGGGCGCUGGGGAGUAUUGCCUGUGACCUCUGGUUGGCUUUGGACUAUGUGGCCAGUAAUGCGUCAGUGAUGAACCUGCUGGUCAUCAGUUUUGACCGGUACUUCUCUAUCACCCGACCUCUGACCUAUAGAGCCAAGCGCACCCCCAAACGGGCUGGGGUCAUGAUAGGCAUGGCCUGGCUGGUGUCCCUCAUCCUGUGGGCCCCUCCCAUACUGUGUUGGCAGUAUUUUGUGGGGAAAAGGACAGUCCCUGAGAGGCAGUGUCAGAUCCAGUUUUUCUCUGAGCCAGUGAUAACAUUUGGGACAGCCAUUGCUGCGUUUUACAUCCCUGUGUCAAUCAUGACCAUCCUUUACUGUCGGAUCUACAAGGAGACGGAGCGUCGCACCAAGGACCUCGCUGAGCUCCAGGGCAUCAACAGUUCCACAGACGCUGGUACCACCAAGCCCCAGAAAACCAUAAUCAGAUCCUGCUUCAACUGCAACCAGCUCAGCUCUGCCUCCCGGGACAGAACCCAGGCCUCCUGGUCCUCCUCCAACAGGAGCCACGCAGCCAAAUCAGCCGCUGCCACCAACGAUGAGUGGUCCAAGAGCGACCAGCUGACCACCUUCAACAGCUAUGCCUCCUCGGAGGACGAGGAGCAGCCCGUGUCCCCGGGUGUCUUCCAGCCCACCUACCGGAUCCAGUCAUGUGGGCCGAGCACGGGUGCAGAGGGCUGUGAGAAUGAGCAGCUCAGCAGUUACGAGGACAACUUCUUCCACAAGCCUCCCAAGACCAACUCCCAUAAGAGCAAGAAGUGUGUGUCCUACAAGUUUAAACCAGUUCCCAAAGACACUACCAGCGGUGCCCAGCAGAGCAAGACUGGGGACACCAACAUGGUCCCAUCAUCUUUCUCCUCAGCAGACUCCAUGAGUGCCCCACCCUCCACCACUUCAUGCAAGCCAAUAGAUGCAACUCUGAAGAUCCAGCUGACCAAGAGGAAGAGGAUGGUGCUGAUCAAGGAGAGGAAGGCUGCUCAGACUCUCAGUGCCAUCUUGCUGGCCUUUAUCCUGACAUGGACACCAUACAACAUCAUGGUGCUCAUCUCCACCUUCUGUUCUGACUGUAUCCCUGUGUCUCUCUGGCACCUGGGCUACUGGCUCUGCUAUGUCAACAGCACAGUCAACCCCAUGUGCUACGCGCUCUGCAACAAGACCUUUCAGAAGACCUUUCGCAUGCUGCUGCUUUGUCAGUGGAAGAAGAAGAGAGUGGAAGAGAAACUCUACUGGUACGGGCAAAACCCUGUAGUGAGCAGCAAACUAACUUGAGCCAUUCACUCUGUCCUUCCAGAGGAACAAGUAUGAAGACCAUAUGACUCAGAUACACAUGGAUAUAUUUCUGUUUGGUACUUGAAUUAUGCCUACAGGUAGAGUGUGUCAAAUGUACAAAGGUUAGAGACAAGACUAGUUUGUUCGUGGUAUUGUUCUUUAAUCAGUACUUUUCUUACUGCUCACAAGAAAUACAAAAGUGCUUUGCCGAAAAUGUUGACACUGUACACCAAUACAUCAUUGAAUAUGAAAAUAUAAAAACAUAACCCGACAUGCACAAAAAAGUGAGAGAUGUUUUUUUUAUUUUUUUUAACAUGCUCUGAUUGUUUUAGAGGUAUUAUGUUAGACUACAUUGUGUUUGCUUUAAGGGCUAUCACAGUUUUUGUCGUGCGAGCUGGACAACAAACGAUUGUACACUCAUCAAAGCCUUGUUCACAUGUGGCAUUCACUUUAGUCAGAUACAAACAAUAAAACCUUCAACAGCCAAUCUUUCCACAAGCACAAACACAUACAGUCCAAAUGAAACCAUACAGCACAGAAACACAGGGGAAGAGAUUUGAUGAAAGUAAAUGCUGAGGUUUCAGUAUCAAAUUCUUCCAAAUAACUAUUACUUUUAUUAUCGACUCAGCAGCUUUAAAGUGCACAUACAUUUCAUAAAACGUGAUUUUAUUCUAUAGUUCACUGGACACUUCCGCAUAAAGUAUACACCUAACCAGGCAAGUGCACAGAUAGGGGUCAACCUGUGCCGUGCCACCUGCCCCUUUGCCCUCCCACUCGCCGAGUGCCCUUUUGGAUGGUGGUAUAUAUACUUUUUUGGUGUUCAGGUUUGUUUUUGUUGUUCUGAUCUCACUGCACCCAAGUCAUUGUGACGUCAUCAAGUUCAGAUAAGAAUUAGCCUUUAAUCAAUUAUAGUGGGUACUUCUUUGUUUGGCGGUUAAGACCCAAGGAUGAAAUCCUAUCAGGGAGUGAUUUCAUCAGCCCAGGGUCACUAUAAGUCACUUAGCACAGUGACAGCUCUCUACACAUUUACAUUCAGGGGGAGAGCAGGGUUUGAUUCAUGCACUGUUCUGUGUCAUGUAUUCAUAACAAUCUGUUUUACGUCCAUCUGUCCUCAGGAUACAGGCCUUUGUUUUGGUCAUUCUGUAUUGGACUUUAUCAUUCUUAUCUACCCAUUGAUAGAAAUAACAUUUAAAAAAAUAAAAUAAUGACAUCGCUGAGUACUUCUUGCAAUUGAUCAUAAGAAAAUCUACUGUAAACUCACUGUAUAUAAUCUUGUUUGAUUCAGUACAUAUUGGUUUUUCUACCAACAACCAACACAUACAUAGGUUAUUCAUUCAGUGAUAUUGGGUGAGUGAGUAAAAAUACUGCAAAUGUUGUAUUACACGUGUAAUAAGCUAUGAUAUCAUGACCACAAAAUGUUUGGUAUCGUUGAUCAUUUAGACUACAAGAAAACUGCACUUGCAAUUUUGGGGGGGAAGGUCGAGGAGGAGACUUACGUGUAUGAAAUCCCCAAAAUAAUGAUAGAUUCUUUUAUUACUUAAAAAAAUGUGUGACAAGUAUAUUACAGUAUUUUGGUCUCUGUGUAUUUCUGAAUUAAAAGUGUUGAACUAUU